AUGGAGCAAUGCUGGAGCGUCAACAGAGGUGACUUGAGCCCCGUCGAGAGUUGUGAAGGUAUCGGUAACCCUCACUACUUCUACAUCGAUCUUGUAUUUGCUCUUGCCGGUACUACGGCCGGAUGGUUGUUCAUCCUGGGCACUCUUGUCAGUGAUACGGUACUUGGAGGUGCUGUCGCGGUGUUGGCAUUCGCUUUCAAUCACGGUGAGGCGACCAGAGUACAAUGGACACCACCACUUCGUGAAUCUUUUGCUUUCCCAAUGAUUAUCGCCCAAAUAACAGUUGUCACAUACAUAUUAAAGUGA